AUGUCUAACAGGUUGUUUACCAACUACUCAGGGACUUAUUUUCAUACUUCGGCGUUUGUGCAAGGCACAGCGGAGGCUACUGGCAAAAAACAAUGCUACUACGCUGUGCUAGGAGUUACUCCCACGGCUUCUCAGUCGGAGAUUCGUUCAGCGUACUAUGUCAAGUGCAAAGAGACGCAUCCCGACGUCCAAUCCGCCAACAAACCUCCUGUUGAUCCUCAGCUUUUCCUCGAUGUGGCCGAGGCCUAUGCGGUGCUUGUGGACCCCGAUCUGAGACGAGCUUACGACGCGAGCAGGAACGGUUUUCAAGCCGUCGCCAGCACCGAUCCCUCAUGCUCUCCAAUGGCAGAAAACCACUUCUCCUGUUCGCCAUACGGUCCCAAAAUCAGUUUUGAUCGCGCGAGUGAAAUUUUCCGCUCUCGCCAGUUCCGCAGAUCGUCCGCUGUGAAUUGGCGACCUCCUGCCCCCUCCAACCAGACCCCUCGUAGCACGCCGCAACAGACCUCAACCGCUUCGGGACACCGUCAUUCUCCAGAAGCGGUCGAAUACUACUAUCGUUGGAAAAGCCGUUCCCUCAGACCAUUGGAUUUCUUACUUCUCGCAGUCCCUUUGAGCACUCUUACUUUCAUACUUAUUUACUACUUCGGUUAG